CCAGUGCCCUCCUCCCGGGACCCCGAAGCUGAGCUGGGGGCGAAGGCCAAAUGGACUGGCGGGGACCGUGGUCCCGCGUGGGCAUCGUUACGCGUGUGAAUUGGGGUCCCCGCCGUGCCGUCUCGGGGGAGGGAAGGUGUAAUCGUGUGAGCCGCGCGGCUGCGGGUCCGGGCGUCCGGCCUAGCGAUUAAUGGAUUCCUGGACGUUGACUUGCAGCAAUAUAUAGAAAUGUUUUUCUAUAUGAGACCCAUAAGGAGGUUAUGUCUAGAGAAAAUCUUGCCCCCCUGGCUUCUUCACUCAAGAACACUCUCCGGAGCUGAGGCCGUAAAUGCUCUGAGACCUUUCUAUUUUGCAGUGCACCCAGAUUUCUUUGGGCAGCAUCCCAGAGAGAGGGAAGUCAAUGAAAAUUCUCUUAAGAAGUUAAGUGCCUACUUGGAAAACCUCCAGAAACCGGGCUUCAAGUCUUUGAAACCAACUCAGCUUACUUUUUAUGUGAGAGAGACUGAACAGACGUCCUCGGAUGGCCAUGAGUCACUGAACGCGCUAGGGUUUCGGGCCGUCACUUUGACUUUGCAUAGCAGAGAUCUCCUGAGCACCGUCUUAGAUAUUCUCAACUCCUGCAGUUUAUCCACUGAGCACAUCCCAAGCUCCAGUGCUAAUGUGGCUUCCCAACCACCCAACGGGGGAAGAAGGACAUUUGACAGACCUAUUAAAUGGAACAAGACUUACUACUCCUUUACUGGAUUCAAGGACCCUGAGGAAGAACUGGAAAAAGCCCAAAGAAUGGAAACUUCUCUCAUGUCCUGGUUAGAUAGUAAUGAAAAAAGUGCCAUUAAAAAGCUGAACAGUAGUUUGCCACUGAGAGAGGAACUAGACCGUUUGAAAAACCAACUGUCUCGUCAGCUCCUGCUCUCAGAUAUCAGGUGGCAGAGGAGCUGGGGGAUUGCUCACCGCUGUGGCCAGCUGCAUAGCCUGGGUCGCUUAGCUCAGCAAAACCUGCAAGUCCUUCAGAAUGUUAAAGGUUGUACAGUAAUAUUCACAGACCGGUCAGGUAUGAGUGCCUUGGGCCAUAUCAUGCUAGGAACCAUGGACGUUCAUCACCAGUGGACAAAACUCUUUGAAAGGUUGCCCAGUUACUUCGCCCUCCAGAGGAAGCUGGUGCUUUUAGAGGACCGGAUCAGCUACCUGCUGGGCGGCAUCCAGGUGGUCUAUGUGGAGGAGCUGCAGCCGGCACUGACCCUCGAGGAAUACUACUCUCUCCUCGACAGCUUCUAUAACCGGCUUCUGAAGAGCAGGCUCCCCUUCCACCCUCGCAGUCUCCGGGGCCUGCAGAUGGUCCUGGACAGCGACAGGUACUCUCCCAGCCUGCAUGAACUUGGUUACUUCAGCAUCCCAACACUGUGUGACCCUGUGUCCCUCCCAUGGUUUAUUUUCACCAAAGCAGCCCAAGCCAGAGAAAACAUGAAAAGAAAGGAUGAGUUAAAGGUAAUUGAAAAUGAAUUGAUCCAUUCGUCUAUUAAGAAGUUUUCUCUGAAGAAGCUGUACAAGGAGCCCAGCGUUUCAAGUGCCCAAAUGAUCGACUGCUGUGAGCGACUCCUUGAGCAGUCCCUGCCGUGUCUGGAAGGGAUGCACGUCUGUGUUUCGCAUUUUUAUUCUGUCCUGCAAGAUGGCGACCUUUGUAUUCCCUGGAAUUGGAAGAGCUGAGGCACUGCCUUGGGAGGCGAGGUCACCCCGAGAUGACUUUUAGACUUAACUUGUUUAAAUCUACAUGUUGAUACGUCAGCGUCGUCAUGCCUUUUGCCAGAGGGGGACGCCUCAUUGCUGCUUCGGAAGUAGGACUUGUGGCACCCGCAGGAAAGCUGCUUGUGUGUUUCCGGUUCUCAUCCCUCACCUUCUGUGGCGUCCAGAGUUAUAGACAGGUCUAACUUAGAGGUAUUGGAACGAAAGAGGCCAUAUAUAUUUUUAGUAGUGGGCGAAAGCCGCUUUUAAACGAAGCGAGAGUUCUACAGAAGAAAAAUGAUCUAUUUUUAUAUGCACGGCUGCUGGGGUGGGACAUUCAGCAAAGGUGAAAAGUCUCAAGAAAGGAACAGAUGCAUAAUGAGGAACGCAGAAACGAGUUCUUGUUCCUACAAGCACCUGGCACGCUGCCCCAGAUGUAGUAGGCGCUUAAUCGAUGUUUAUUGAAGGCACAUUUCUCGCCUUUCUUGUUAAACCCCAUACCUACAUGUUUUGUCACUAAUGGUGGACAGCUGGUAUUAUCCAAAGAGGGAGAUUUUUAGGAAGCAAAAAUAAUUUGUCCAUUUUGAUUCAGAAAAAGGUUAGAAUUAUGAAAAAUGAUGUAGCUAUUAUAUAUGAUGUCCCUUUGACUUUUUUCAUAAGCUAUUUGGGGCCAGUAUAUUUGUCACAGUAUUAUCCACUCUUGAUGCUGGAGAAUUUAGUUUUUAGAUUAUUGCUCACGUAAUUAAGGGUUUCCUGUCAAUUUGUAGCAUUCUGUGAUUUAGAAUCCCAUUUCUGGCUGCAUGUGAGUCGAGGGCCUGUUUCCUACGUGGGAAAUUGUUCCAGGAGGACUCUGGGCACAGCCCUAGAGGUGACUGGAGGCCCAGAUCCUCAGCCCAGGCCAAGGUCGAGGGUCCCUGCCAGGCCUUCCCAGCCCAGGUUUCCUGUCUCUCUCCAGGUGCCAGACACUCGCCUGAUGUGGGCAGCCACCUCUGGGUUCCUGCUGCUCUCACACCAUGGGUUUGUCCCCAGGUCACCGAUGCCAUGUCCCCCUCCUGAGUAGCCUGCAGCAUCACCAGUGACUGCUCUUCCUAGAGCUGAGUGUUUUUAGGAUGGCAUCUUCAUGUAUUGUGUGGCUCCUCCCUCCCCAGGGUCUCCCGAGAAUAUUGAGAGCCAGGCCUAUUCUCCAUGGCUGAUCGCCAUCCACAGACACUCCCUGACAGGGAGGGCAGGUAAUGGUCUGGCUCAGAUUCCCUGGGUAUUGCUGGGGCAUCACUGAAAAUGCCUAUUUCCAACAUGUGUUGUUAGACUGAGGACUUUGGAAGAGAUUAGGUCAAAUUUAAGUUCAUCUGAAACCUACAUUCAGAAAUCAGAAUCUGAACAAUUCAAACAAAAAUUGGAAAGUAAUUCUGGAUUCAAAGAAACUGUUGAUUUGUACGGUUAGUGUUUGUAGAUGCCAACACUGUCCUUUUUACCUCUGCACAAAUCUGCUACAAAAAAACCUUCUGUCUUUUAGAGUGAAUGUCUGCUGCCUCGGAACAUUUGACCAAACCUGCAGAUAACUCAACAACUGCCGUCUUAUCACUAAUUUUUAAAUGAAAAAAAAUUAGAUUAUUCCCCUUUGUAAGAUUAAUUAAAAUGUAAUUUCCAGUAGUAUGUUUUGAACUGGAUUUCGCCUCUAAGAACUGAUAAUUGUUAUAUAAUAAAUAUAAUCUGUGUUAACCA